UUACUACGGGUGAUAUUUGCAUCGUUUGUGUCCUCUGAGCCAAUCGGCGGAGGCAAGCGCGGAACACCCAGCCCACUGCCGAGAAACACAGCUCGAGGACUAUAAAAGCCAUGACAGCCGCAUAGAGCCCCACAAACGAACUGAACUGUAGAAAGAACGAACGGGACUGUAGAGAAACCGAACAGCGCAUCUCGUUUCCAACAAUAACUGGAUAUUAAUUAUGACUCUGGAAGAGCUGCGUGGACAGGAGAGCACAACCGAAGCCAGUGACAGAAUGCAGUGUGCUGGCGGUGCCCUCGAGGAGCUUUUGGUCUCUGCAAAGAAGCAGGACUGCCUGACAGUUGGCGUCUACGAAUCUGCGAAAGUCAUGAAUGUUGAUCCCGACAGCGUGGCUUUCUGCGUGCUGGCCACGGACGAGGAGUACGAGUGCGACAUCGCCCUGCAAAUCCACUUCACGCUGAUCCAGGCAUUUUGCUUCGACAACGACAUCAACGUGGUCCGGGUUAACGACAUCGAGCGCCUGGCCGACAUCCUGGGCAGUGAGGAGUCCGGGGAACCGAAGGAUGCUCACUGCAUACUAGUCACGAGCUCAGAGGAUGACUCGUGGAAAGGUUCCGCUCUGGAGAAACUGAGCGUGUUCUGCGAGGAGAGCCGCAGCGUGUACGAGUGGGUGCCCGCCAUCACUCUCCCCGAGCGCUGAGCGUGUGCGCCUCAGGCGAUGAAGAUGAUGAAGAUGAUGAUGAUUACAAUGAUAAAAAAAGAUGGCGAUGGUGAAGAAGAACCGCUCUCGAGUGUGACGCCAUCCCACCGGGACAGGUGGAUGACCCUUCGGCAAACCGUCCGGGAAAUCUUUGGGGGGGAUUAUCCCACCGGAGGGAUCGGAUGAAACGCAGAUUGGCCCGUUGCGUUCUGGAAGUGGUGCUGGGACUUGGUGCGGUAGAAGUCCAUGGAGGAGGAGGGGGGGACCCGUGAGGGAUGGCUCGUGCUAACCCAUCCCCCAAAAGACUGACCUGGGGGGCUGGCUGGGGUGUAAAAGUGGGGUCCCCCUUGGUGACUACUGAGAAAAGUGACUCUCGGACUAUUGAAACAACUGGAUUGUGGAUGUUUGAGUUUUUGGGGGUGAAACUUUUGAAAUUGCCAAGGAGAAACGAAAGAAGAUGAAUCUUAUGAAGAGUGAGAACAAUGUGGGGGGGGGGGGGGGAAGGAAAGCAACAAGCUGACUGUGAAAGGCAAAGACUAUGAACUUUGAUGCAGCUGUGCAAAUGUUUGUGCAGGGGUAGGGUUUUUUGUACGUGAUUUCAAAUACUUUUUAUUUUUUUUUAUUUUUUAUACACGUGGAGCAGACCGAAGUGUCGGAUGAACUCUGUGACAGUGAGCUGCUCUGUAGCAGCAGCACGUGGGCUCUGCAGAUCUUUGAUUCACUGCCUGUUGCUCAUACUCCUGCCUCACACACACACACACACACACGCACACGCAGACGCAGACUUAUGCAAGCUUCCAUGUGUCACUUGUGUUCGGCCUGUAUUGAAACUGUGCACUGACCUCAUCAUGUGCUUUGCAAUAAAUAUUUGAAACGUUA